CGGGUCCAGCGUUCGGCUCCGAUGUCGGACUCGCGCGGUCCUCCUGCCGCCGGGCGCCUGAUUCUAAAGCAGGAAUUGGUGAAAAGAAGGGAACUCUGAAGACUGGAUUUCUGAGGAUGAAAAUUUGCACAGUACAACAUCAGACAAACUCACAGUGAUGGAGCCCCUCAUCCCUGAGUCCAGGGAAGUAUGUGAACCCAGACUAGGGGAGCUAUUGGGAAAUGCAGAAGGGCAGAGCCUGGGGAGUUCUCCCUCUCAGGAGGGGGGCUUCAAGCAGAUGACUGUUACCCAUUGGAAAAUCCAAACAGGAGAGACAGCCCAGGCAUGCAGUAAGUCAGGAAGAAACCCUAUUCUGAACUCAAACCUUCUUAUACUUCAGAGUGAGCUUAUAGCAGAGGAAACCCAUCCUUGUGAUAUUUGUGGCAAAAGCUUCACAUUUAAUUCGGACCUAGUUAGACAUCAGAUUUCUCAUACUGGGGAGAAACUUUAUAAAUGUGAUCAAUGUGGAAAAGGCUUUGGUCAGAGCUCACACCUUACUGAGCACCAGAGGGUUCACACUGGAGAGAGACUCUAUGUAUGUAACGUGUGUGGUAAAGACUUCGUUCACUAUGCAAAUCUUCUCGAGCAUCAGCAGGUACACACGGGAGAAAAGCCGUUCAGGUGUACACAAUGUGGGAAAGCCUUCUGUCAUAGUUCAGACCUGAUUCGACACCAGAGGGUUCAUACCAGAGAGAGACCUUUUGAAUGCAAAGAGUGUGGAAAAGGCUUCAGUCAGAGCUCGCUGCUGAUUCGACAUCAGAGAAUUCACACAGGGGAAAGGCCCUAUGAGUGUAAUGAAUGUGGGAAAUCCUUCAUCAGGAGCUCAAGCCUUAUUCGACAUUAUCAGAUCCACACAGAAGUGAAACAGUAUGAAUGCAAAGAGUGUGGGAAGGCAUUUCGUCAUCGCUCAGACCUUAUUGAACACCAGAGAAUUCACACUGGAGAGAGACCCUUUGAAUGUAAUGAAUGUGGGAAAGCCUUUAUUCGAAGUUCAAAGCUCAUUCAGCAUCAGAGAAUUCAUACUGGAGAAAGGCCUUAUGUAUGCAAUGAGUGUGGAAAGCGUUUCAGCCAGACGUCAAACUUCACUCAGCAUCAGAGGAUUCACACUGGAGAGAAACUCUAUGAAUGUAAUGAAUGUGGGAAAGCAUUCUUUCUGAGCUCAUACCUUAUUCGACACCAGAAAAUUCACACUGGAGAGAGAGUGUAUGAAUGUAAAGAAUGUGGGAAAGCGUUUCUCCAGAAAGCCCAUCUCACUGAACAUCAGAAGAUCCACACUGGGGACAGACCCUUUGAAUGCAAAGACUGUGGGAAAGCCUUCAUCCAGAGCUCCAAGCUGCUUCUGCAUCAGAUCAUUCACACUGGAGAGAAGCCCUAUGUGUGUAGUUAUUGUGGGAAAGGCUUUAUUCAGAGGUCAAAUUUCCUUCAACACCAGAAAAUUCAUACAGAAGAGAAACUCUAUGAAUAUAGUCAGUAUGGGAAAGAUUUUAACUCAACUCCAAACUUUAAAAAUAAUCCAGGUGUUCACCAAGAGGGUUCUCCUUGAGCAAGGCCCCCACACAAAAGUGAGAGAUCUGUAGGUCAGGGGGACACACAGAAAACUUACAAAAUAAUAACUCUCCCUCUCAAUGAGUGAUGUUUUGAAAUGAGUGGUAUUAGGAUGUACGUGGCUUCAAAGAUUUGGACAUGUUAGAAUUUUGUGAAUCACGGACAGGGCUGCUUUGGGACUGUGCUGCCGUCUACCACUUUGCAGCAUCACUGGACUCAGUUCUGAAUGCUAUCCUCGGAGAGCCGUGGGGCUUUACAGCUGAAUUUGAGCUGAAACAUGGGGACAGGGAGGGGACAGGUAUCAAGAUAUUUAUGUUUCAUUCACAGAUACAGUCCAUCUUUGAGUUAAAUCCCUUUUAAAGUGGAACUGUUUAUCUAAUCUUGUUACUUAGAAGAGUGUUACCUAGCAAUGUUGACCUAUCAAAAAAUCAAGUUGGAAAAAGCUAACUUUUAUGAAAAACAUGACAAACUGGUUCCCUGUUGUCCUUAGGAUAAACUCCAGGCUCCUAAUCUUCCAAUCAUGCAUCCUAAGACCUCGUGUUCUCUCGUCUCAGGAUGCUCCAGCGGCGCUAACUGGUUCGUGUUCCCCACGUGCUCCAAGCUGUUUCCUGCCUUUUUUCUUUUGUUCUUGACUGAAUGGUCCCUCCUUUUCUCAGCUGAUUAACUCCUAAUCACUGUUCAAGACUCACCGUGGCAGCACGUUCGGGACACUUCCCUCGGGCUCAGCUCGGGAGCCCGUCUGUGCUGCUGCUAGUCCAUGCUCCCCUCUGUUGCUGUACUUACUUUGGUGUGUUACAGUUAUGAUUUUAUAUACCAUCUCUUUCAUUAUAUGCUUAGUUCCUUGAGGACAGUGAUAUCUGGCUGAUUUAUGUGUCCCCAGUGUCUAGCACAAAGCAAUAAAAAACACCCCCAAAUCUCUGCGUAAUUGGCAUUUCUCUUGCAUUGUCCUUUCUAUACUGGUAUUUUUAAAAUUUGG